AAAUUAGAUGGGGAACCCAUGGUGUUGCCCAUGGCCAAGAGAAAGAGGCCAAAAGUGUGGGACCCAAGAUUCUGAUUAAAAACAAUUAUUUUAUUCUUAGUGAUUAAUGAUUUCAGGGUUUUGUGGGGUUUUGACGGUUAGGGUUUAGCUCCGGAGUUUAUAAGAUAGAGAAAGUAAAAAAUAUUAAAAAUAAAAACAAAAGAAAAGGGAUUCGUUUUUCUCCUAACGUUAUUUGGAGCAGCAGUCACGGCUUUGGGGUUUCGUUUGGUCGCACAGUGCUGUCGGCCAUUCUCUCUCAUUCCUCUUUUUCGCGCUUCACUCAUUGGUUACUGUAUCAAGAUUCAUAUGUGCUUCUAGAGUGUACGGAACUUGUGAGAACCAACAGAUCAGUUGAGGUAAACAGAGCUGCACUGAUGGAUCAGUGGGGUGUUCAUCAUGGAGUCAUGUUCAUCGGUCAUCAUGAGGAAGAUGGAAGUCAGCCUCCUUCUGAUAUUUCUAAGGAAGAGGAAUCAAACGAUGAAGAAGAAAAAAUCAUUAAAACUGAACCUGUCUUUGUGCAUGAAAUUAAGAAACGGAAGCGACUUAGCCUUAGUCAGCUUAAAGAGGUGAAAGAGGAAUCAUGUGGAAGACAAAGCAAUAGCAAGCUUAAGUCAAAAAAGCAUGAAAGUAGGGACAGAUGGUCAGCCGAGAGGUAUAAGUUGGCUGAGCAAAACAUGUGGGAGGUUUUAAAGGCUGAAGGUGCCACAUUUGAAAACCCAAUAACCCGACCUGCGCUAAGAUUGGCUGCCCGUAAACACAUUGGUGAUACUGGACUUUUAGACCACUUACUGAAGCACAUUGAUGGCAAAGUUGCACCUGGAGGGAGUGAGAGGUUCCGAAGAUGGUUCAACACCAAUGGAAUCAUGGAGUAUUGGUUGGAAAGUGCUGACUUGGACAAGGUCCGCCAGGAGGCAGGGGUACAGGACCCUUACUGGAUACCGCCAUCUACAUAUAGGGCAGGCAGUGCCCCCUCCCAGAACACUGAUUCUUCUGGUGAAUUGAAACAGCUUAAAGUAGAAUUGGCCCAAAUGAAGAAAGAUAUGCAGGAGCUCAUUGCCAAGAAGCCAGAGAAAAAUGAGAUCAGUAUGAUGGAGGAUACUCACAAGGAAUUUGUGAAGUGGAAAGCUAUGACUGACCGUCGCCUGACUGAAAUCAUUGCUUCUUUGCAGGGUGUGCAGGGAAAGUAUGGUGAACUGGUGACUUGGAAGACUAAAAUUGAGCAACAGCUUGUGGAAAUAACCAAUAAACUGAAUGAUCUCCAAGCAUCAAGGGAAUGCACCACUUUUAGUCCUGGUUCAGAAAGAUGGAAAGAUUGGAUAGAAGGCACCAACCUAGAGAAUAUUCAGGAGGAUGCAUUUGCAACUUGGAUUGGGAAUUCAGAACUACUUAAUGUUCCAGAAGAGGUUGUACUUGAAGAUCCCAACACAACCAUACCAGCUCAGCUACCCAAUGAAGAACUGACAAACAAGAAGAGCGAUGUGCUGGAGUUGGUGCCUGCUAGACAAGAAGAUCAACCGAAUGUGACCCCUGAUUCUUCUACAACUGUUAAUUCAAAGUCAGACAUUGACAAUUCAUUGAUUAUGUUUCAGGAAAUGUUCAUGGAUUUAUUCAAAUGGAAAGAAAAAAUGGAGCAGCAGCUGUUGGAGCUAUCAAAUACUGUAUAUGGUAUGCUGGCAAUGAAGUAGACAUCACUUUGAAGUAUCAAAGCCUAGGAUAGGAUUAUAACCACCCCUUCGAUCAUAUUUUUCUUUGUUACUGUUAAAACUGGUAGAGUUUAGAUAUUGUACAGCAUUAACAAUCUGAUCCUGAAAAUCUUUGCCAACCAUUAAGUUCAUAGAAGAGGUUCUGGGUCUCACCUGCUUGAUGAGCUGCAAAUUGUUGAUAUGUUUGACUGGCCUUUUAACAGUAUACUUGGUUAUGAAUUAAGGUGAAGGUAGGUCUUCAGUGGGACUGACAAUGGUUGUUUUCUCGACUUGUUGGUUAAGAUGAGUUCCUUCAGUAUAGAUGUCUUUAGGUAGGCUUUACCCGUAUUUAACGUAUUAGCUAGAGCUUUCUUGUUAGAACUUUUGUACUUAACCUAUUUGGGAACAAAUUGCCAUAUUUAUAUAUAGAAUCUCUACGAUAUCGUUUUAG